GUUUCUUUAUGAGAUUGAACUAUAGGUAGGCAGAAACAUAACUUGUAGCGUACACUAAGUUGAGUGAGUACGCACAUAACAAGAGAAUCACAGCGUUAUAUCAAUAUCGCCAAAAAAUACAGAAGUUUUCGUCGUUCAGUCGUCGAUACAAACUAAAGUUUAAGUUAGGGGCUUAAAGAAAAUACUGUUGUUUCUAGUGUGGUGAAGUAAAUGUAGGGAGUUCAGUAACAUUAACCAUAUUAUUUCUUGCUAUAUGUAUACAUUCUUCAGUAAGCGUAAGUAAAAAAAAUUUCACCAUAUCUGUAUUUCAUUUCAACGGUAUUAAAGUUGCCUUAAACGUUAAUUGCCUUGAGUUUAUUAAUUUAAAUAGAUUACUUGGCGCUUAAACUAUUUUCAUGUAUUUCAUGGCACUCUAAAUGUGUUUUAACAUACUAUAAAAAACAGAAAUAAAAGAAUUUCAUUAAUGAUGUAAUUCUAAUACGAACCAUUUCUGUCAAUGUGCUAGACCAACAAAGUUCUUCCAGUUCAUUGCCGACAAUGUCUUCAUCGAUGACCAUUUUGCCAUCAACUAGUUCCGCUCCCACUAAUAACGAAUUUAUCAAAGUUCGCAAAGAUGGCGACGGUGUAUCAAACAUCGGUCUUAUCAUUGGUAUUGUCGUUGGAAUGUUGUUCCUUCUCGCUAUUCUAGUUGUCAUUUUCUGCUGUUAUAAAUCAAAGCAAAAAAAUGGAUACCAUGGUGAAAAUGGUGUUGAACCUUUACCUGGAGCUAAUAAUGAACAACCCAAUCAUUAUGAAGAGUUACACUCCUCUGUUGAGUCAGACAAAGGGCGUCCUGCACCAACUCCAUAUGCCAUUACUCCAAUGAGGAGUAAACCGGCACCUGUCGAGGAAAAGACGACAAGACAUACGAUGACAAAAGGAGAUGAAAAGAUGGAAUAAACUGGCGAUCGUCGUUAAUAACAACUAGAAUUACGUAAAGACUGUUACUACAUUUUAUAAAGUUUUACUUUGUUCUUCGUUGUAUAAUCUAGAUUUGAUCUCUAAACAGUAUUAAACCGAACACUUUAUGAUUGUGUCUGUGUACAUAAUCUUUAGCCAUGAACAAACUUGAAUCUUGGCA